AUGUGUCUACUCGAUGAUAUAAACAUUUUGGUAAUGCAGAAAUUGGAUAAAUUUAAUACUUCAGAUAAAGAAUUACUUCUACAAUUUAUGAAAAGAGAAAUGUCUAACUUAACUCAGCACAAACUUAUUCAUACAAGGAAGAAACCAUAUCACUGUGAUAUCUGUGGUAAAUCAUUCACUCAAGAAGGUAACUUAACUACUCACGUACGGGUUCAUACAGGGGACAAACCAUAUCACUGUGAUAUCUGUGAUAAAUCAUUCUCUCGAAGCGGAAGCUUAACGAAUCACAAACGUGUUCAUACAGGUGAGAAACCAUAUACCUGUGAUAUCUGUGGUAAAUCCUUCUCUCAGAGCUGUAGUUUAACAUCACACAAACGUGUUCAUACAGGUGAGAAACCAUAUUCUUGUGAUGUCUGUGGUAAGUCAUUCUCUCAGGACAGUGGCUUAACUCAACACAAAAUUAUCCAUGCAGGAGAGAAACCAUAUUCCUGUGAUAUCUGUGGAAGAUCAUUUUCUUAUAGCGGUAGCCUAACUACUCACAAAUGGAUUCAUACAUGAGAGAGUCCGUAUUCUUGUGAUAUCUGUGGUAAAUCAUUCUCUCAUAGCGGUAGGUUAACUACUCACAAAUGUGUUCAUACAGAGGAGAAAUAUAUAUCUGUGGUACAUCAUUCUCUGAUGGCAGUAA